AUGGGAGGAAAAAGAUCAUCAUGUUCGUUAAUGUGUAAGGAAUGCAACAAAGAAUUUAUGGAAAAGAAAGAUGAGCAAAAACAUUACAAGUCUGAAUGGCAUCGCUACAACCUCAAACGCAAGAUGGCAGGGCUUCGAGGAGUGACAGAGGCAGUUUUCUUGGCGGCGGGACAUGAGUCCGCACCACUACUACUACUAGAUGAUGAUCAUGAUCAACCACAACACACCAGCAAGAAGAAGAACGGGCCUGAUCACGCUCAACAUCUAAAAUCUCGACCUCAUACUACUACUACUACUACUACUGCACGGGUGUCUCAAGCUGAUGAUUUUGAUGUAUUUGGUACUACUACUCCAACAGUACUACUUAAGUCUCCAAAUACCAAGCGUAAUAAUAUGAAGAAGAUAGAUGGAGUACUAGUAUCCUCCUCUGAAGAUUAUUUGGAUGAUGAUGAGGUGGAUCCAACUUGUUGCUUUAUGUGUGACCAAAAACAUAAAAGUGUUGAAAGCUGUAUGAUUCACUUGCACAAGCAGCAUGGCCUAUUCAUACCCGAUAUUGAAUAUCUCAAAGACCCUCAAGGCCUUUUGACAUAUCUUGGACAAAAGGUGAAACGUGAGUACACGUGUUUGUAUUGCAACAUAAACUGUCAACCUUUCAAGAGUUUGGAAGCCGUGAGGAUGCACAUGGUCGCAAAAAGUCAUUGCAGAGUUCACUAUGGUGAUGCUACCGAUGAAGCAGAGGAACCCGAGCUAGAUGAAUUUUACGAUUACAGCAGCAGUUAUGUUGAUGGAAACGGAAAGCAGCAGCUGGUUACCUCUGAUGGCAUAAGCAACAGUGUUACACUCGGGUGUGGCGGUUCUGAACUCGUAAUUACUAGAGAAUCUGAUGAUCAUCAUGGCGUAUCAACAAAAGCACUUGGCUCCAGGGAAUAUUUACGUUAUUAUCGUCAAAAACCACGCCCAUCCCCAAAAAGCGUUCCAGUCACUUCAUUGCAAGCCGCAAAGUACAGGAGUAUCAGUUUGUCAACAGUGCAAUUAAAAGAGAAGAUAGAAAGGAUGGUUUUGAUGAAGCAAAUAAUGAGGCAGAUGAACAGUUCGAGGGCCGAGACAAUGCAAUGCAAGAUGAGCAGCAUGAGAUGUAAUUCGAUCCGUAACCUUCGUCCAAUGAACGCCCUACAUUGA